AUGGAGUACCGCGUGCGCAAGCGGAAUGUGAGUGGCGCUGGUCGGCUGCCGCGCUCGCUCGAGGAGGUUCUGCCCGACGCGACUGUCCGUCGCUUCCUCCUGCGCGCGGGCUUCCGCUCGAGCUCGGACCGCGCUGCCGCCGAGGUGCGUCGCCACGUGCGCGACUUUUUCCGCCGCAUCAUGGGCUGCAUGGUCGUCAUGAUGCAGCACGACGGCCGCCGCAGCUUCCGUCUCAUUGAUGUGAAGCGCGCGUGCGAGCACUUUGGUAUCCGCAUGUAUGGCUACGACGAUAUUUGCCUGCUUGCUGCUCGACGUGCGUGUGGGCCUGAGGUGUACCACGUGACGGAGUUGGUGGAGAGCCAUUCGCUGUUCAGUCGGCCAGUGGACGCACCGGAGGAACCGGAUACGGAGCCUGGCGCGUGCUAUACGAAGACGAGCUUUGUGGCCAACUUUUCGUCGUGGAAGGAAGACGCGGGGGAGACAGAAGACGAUGCGAGUGAGCUCAGUGAGUGGUCCUUCUCUGCUGAUAGUGAGUGUGAGCCAGGAGAGGAGGAGGGAGUGGAUGUGAAGAUGUCGCACCAGUCGUGGCUAUCAGAGGAAGAGGAGUUCUUGGCGUCGCUGCGUGACGCCCAGGACUUGGUCGACCAGAAGUUGCUGCAAGAACCUGAAGGCGUGGAAGGAGACGAUGUUGAGGAUCAACCUGGUCAGGGGUACUACUCGGACUACGAUGAUAGCUACGAGCCGGAGGUUGUCAAGAGACAGCAAACGCACGACGAAGACGAAGAUUUGCAGUGGAACAAAGACGGAGAGCUGCACGUGCUGCAGGAGAGAGAGGACAGCGACCCUGCCGAGCUGCGGAGUUCCCGAGAGAAUGCCAAUUUGUACGUUAUCUCACGCCAAGAGUUUCUGCGUGUUUAUCGCACACUUCUUGGCCUGACGAUGAGUCUCGGCGAGCUGCCGAUCAGUUCGGUGGCGCUGAGCGCCCUGCACAACGCGACGGAACAGUGUCUCCAUCGCUCGCUUACUGAAGGGUCGCUCCAUUACCAACUGGUUGCUAUUCUGAAAGAACAGGAACGCGAUCACUCGGUAAGUCGGCUCGAGUCUGAGCUUCACUUACAGCGCGAGAAGGUAAAUGAGUUGUGUGCGAUCAUUACUGCUAACAAGAACGCGUUCAAGGCUAAGGAGUUAGCAAUGCAGCAACAGAUCGAGCAGCUUGAGAAGCAGCUACAAGGCCAGCCUUACGACGUACAGAUGCAGUCCCCUUCUAGCCUCAAGAAGAAGGCGUCUACGACAAAGCGGAAAGCAACGAGUAAGAAACCUCUCACUGCGCGGAAGGGUCUUUCCAAUUCCUCAAAUGGUUCUGCGUCGUCCGUAGUAGGUGCGCUGCGUUCGCGAGAUCAGAACAACUCGGGUGUGAAGAAGAGGAAGGCCAGUCUUGUUUGA